CCACACUCCCGCCUUCCAAUGGGCUAUUGGACGUGCCCAAACCCUGCACCUCCCGCGUCUCUUGUCGGUGUCGUCUCCUCGGUGGUAGCGCGUAGGAACACGUUCCCAAGCAGGAGCAGCGGCAGCAGCGGCGGCGACAGCAGCGGCAGCGGCACCACCACCACCAGCAGCAGCGGUGGCGGCAAGGAAAGGAGCCCUGUCUCGGAUACGAAAGGCGGACCCAGGCGAGCGACCGAAGCCAAGUGACAGCACACCAGGGGCGAGUCCGCGAAGGGACUCCGGCUUCCCAUAUUCCGGAGCUGCCGCGCCUGCCUCUUUCUUUUUCGCCGGUUGUGCGCGCCACUUGUGCGCGCCGUGUGUGGUGUGGCGCGGUGUCUGUUUGCAGCAACGGCCGCGGCGGCGGCAGCACUAGCAGCAGCAGCACCAGCAGCAGCGACCAACACGGCGUCGGGAAGGCUCCGGGGGAAUGCGGCAGUAGCCUCCCCAGCCUGGAAGAGCGAAGAUUUCCCCCCUACUCCCUACCCCCAUGUUCCCCUCGGUCCUCCUGGCUUUUACGCGCCGGCUUGGGAUCCUGCGCCAAGAAGCCUGAGGGCGCCCUGGCCCAGCCUGGCUGUGGUGGAGUGAGGGGCUGAGAAGGUGCUCUCAUUCUUGUUGGACUGGGGGUGGGAGGAAGGGGGUGGCGGCGGCGGCUGCUUCGCCGCCGCUACCGCUGCUGCUUUUCAGAGUGGUUGCCUUUUAGCCACCCCGAGGAAAGAGCAGGCGCCAUUGCCGGGAGGAUCGUACCGAGGGGGCCGCAGCGCGCGCGCCCCUUCCCCUCUCUUCGGCGGAGGGCAGCGGGCGCCCCGCUCCUGCUCUCCCCCUGACGUUCCCCCGCAGGAUGCCUGCCUUGCCCUGGCGGCCGAGCGCGGCCAUCCCUUCCGCCUUGCUUCUCCUGCCGCUGUUCUCCUUCGCUUGGGCGCGGAGCAACUCUCGGGGACUGGCGGGGUUCUCCCCCAACGCCGCUUCUUCCCCUACGACCCCCAUCGCCAUCAUGGGCUUAAUGCCGCUGAGCGACUCGGUGGAGAAGGGCAAGAUCGGCCGGGGGGUCCUACCGGCUAUGCAAUUGGCAAUGGAGCAGAUCCUCAACGAAUCGCUGCUCAACCCCUACUCUCUGGACCUGCGCUACUACGACACUGAGUGUGACAAUGCAAAGGGUCUUAAAGCCUUCUAUGAUGCAAUAAAAUAUGGACCUACACAUCUAAUGGUUUUUGGUGGCGUAUGUACAACUGUAACAUCCAUCAUUGCUGAAUCCUUAAUAGGAUGGAAUUUGGUCCAGCUCUCGUUUGCAGCAACAACACCAGAGUUAGCAGAUAAGAAAAAAUAUCCUUAUUUCUUCCGGACAGUGCCAUCCGAUAAUGCUGUGAACCCGGCAAUUUUAAAGUUGCUCAAGCAUUAUAAAUGGAAAAGAGUAGGAACUUUGACCCAAGAUAUACGAAGAUUUUCUGAGGUACGGAAUGAUCUAACUGGAGUUCUAUAUGGUGAAGAUAUUGAAAUAUCAGAUACAGAGAGUUUUUCUAAUGAUCCUUGUACAAGUGUCAAAAAGCUUAAGGGAAAUGAUGUUAGAAUUAUCCUUGGCCAGUUUAAUGAGGAAAUGGCAGCAAAAGUAUUCUGUUGUGCAUUUAAUGAAAAAAUGUUCGGCCCUAAGUAUCAAUGGAUAAUUCCUGGGUGGUAUCAGAGCUUUUGGUGGGAAAAAGCUAUUCCAAAGCUGAAUUCAUCACACUGUCUUGGUAUAAACCUUCUGGGUGCAAUGGAAGGUUACAUUGGAGUGGAUUUUGAACCUCUCAGUUCGAAACAAAUAAAAACCAUUUCUGGAAGGACGCCACAGCAGUAUGAAGAGGAAUAUGAUCAAAGGCGUGGAAAUGUUGAGCCAAGUAAGUUCCAUGGCUUUGCUUAUGAUGGAAUAUGGGUAAUUGCCAAAACACUGCAGCAGGCAAUGAAGAUUCUUAAUGCCACCAACAGAAACCAAAAAAUUGAAGACUUUAACUAUACCAACAAAGAACUUGGAAAGAUUUUCUUGGAUGCAAUGAAUCAGACCAGCUUCUUUGGUGUAACGGGUCAAGUUAUGUUCAGAAAUGGAGAGAGGAUGGGGACCAUCAAAUUCACACAGUUUCAAGACAAAAAGGAAGUAAAGGUGGGAGAAUAUAAUGCUAUACUUGAUUCACUGGAAAUCAUCAAUAAUUCCAUCAAAUUCCACGGGAAAGAACCUCCAAAGGAUAGAACAAUUAUCCAAAAGCAACUUCGUAAGAUUUCUCUGCCUCUCUACAGUAUUCUUUCAGCACUUACUAUCUUGGGGAUGAUCAUGGCCAGUGCGUUUUUGUUCUUUAACAUCAAAAACAGAAAUCAGAAGCUAAUAAAGAUGUCUAGUCCUUACAUGAACAAUCUCAUUAUUCUUGGGGGAAUGCUGUCCUAUGCAUCUAUAUUCCUUUUCGGGCUUGAUGGAUCUUUUGUUUCUGAGAAAACAUUUGAGACUCUUUGUACUAUCCGGACAUGGAUUCUUACAGUGGGUUAUACGACUGCAUUUGGGGCAAUGUUUGCAAAAACAUGGAGAGUCCACGCAAUCUUCAAAAAUGUAAAAAUGAAAAAAAAGAUCAUUAAGGACCAAAAACUAAUGGUGAUCGUUGGAGGAAUGCUACUGAUAGAUCUUUGCAUCUUGAUUUGUUGGCAAGUUGUUGAUCCUUUGAGGAGAACAGUGGAAAAAUACAACAUGGAGCCCGACCCUGCCGGCCGAGAUAUUUCAAUUCUUCCCAUUUUGGAGCAUUGUGAAAACACUCAUAUGACUAUAUGGCUUGGCAUAGUUUAUGCCUAUAAAGGCCUACUCAUGCUAUUUGGCUGUUUUUUAGCUUGGGAAACUCGAAAUGUGAGCAUUCCUGCUCUGAACGACAGUAAAUACAUCGGCAUGAGUGUUUAUAAUGUGGGCAUCAUGUGCAUCAUUGGAGCUGCGGUUUCCUUUCUUACACGAGACCAGCCCAAUGUACAGUUCUGCAUUGUGGCCCUAGUCAUUAUAUUUUGUAGCACCAUUACCCUCUGCUUAGUCUUUGUACCUAAGUUAAUUACUCUAAGAACAAAUCCAGAUGCUGCCACUCGGAACAGAGGGCUUCAGUUCACCCAAAAUCAGAAGAAAGAUGACUCAAAAACAUCAACAUCUGUCACCAGUGUCAACCAAGCCAGCACAUCUCGAUUAGAAGGGCUACAGUCAGAGAACCACCAGCUUAGAAUGAAAAUAACAGAGUUGGACAAAGCUCUAGAAGAAGUCACAAUGCAGCUUCAGGACACACCUGAAAAAACAACAUAUAUUAAACAGAACCACUAUCAAGAGCUCAAUGAUAUUCUCAGUAUACGCAAUUUUACAGAAAGCAAAGAUGGUGAAAAAACAGUGUUGAAAAAUCAUCUUGAUCAAAAUCCACAAGCACAAUGGAAUACUACAGAGUCGUCCAGAACAAGCAAAGAUUUUAUAGAAGAUAUCAACUCCCCAGAACACAUACAGCGACGACUCUCCUUACAGCUGCCCAUUCUUCAUCACGCUUAUUUGCCAUCUAUCGGAGGAGUUGAUGCCAGCUGUGCCAGUCCAUGUGUCAGCCCCAGUGCCAGUCCACGGCACAGACAUGUGCCACCAUCUUUUCGCGUGAUGGUCUCUGGCCUGUAAGAGGACAUCAGAGCUCCCUGAACUGCUUUUGGACUCAAUGGCUGGACUGAACGUCUUGUGUCGAACUCUUGCCUUCUACAUAUCCUUACUCUUACCACAGAGAAACUAGUGCUAUAAGGCCAUUUAAAAGGGAGGGCCAACUCCGCUGCUGGGAAAAAGCAUGUAAAGCGGAGAGGUUAGGCAGAGGUUGAUCUGUAGCCUUACUUGUGGACAUUUUUAUUUCUUUGCAAAGACAGUCACCAAAACCAUGUUUCUUCCCAAAUUUCUAUAGGAGGCAAGGUGGCUAAGAAACCUAAACUUGACCAAAAAAUAAUAAUAAUACAACAGACCCCACUGCAGCAUCACUAAGCUUUAUACUGCUACUGAAAAUGUGAAACGUGAGAAGAAGAAAAAUCUCAUCAAAAGAGCGCUGAAGUUACUGAGAUGUAUACCGUAUGAGGGAUUGCAUUCAGCUUCUGGAGACCAUAGUUAAUUGGACUGACCUUAAUUCCUGGAACUAAACUCAGUGAGGAAGAGGAGACUUUUAGGAAUAGUUCCAGCAUCACUGAGAUUUGCACGCAGUCCAGAUCAUUCAACUAAAGAUAUUCUUGGAGCAGAAAAUGCUUUGGGGGGAAGCAAAUCCAAGGCCAAGAUUUUAGAGUGGCUACGGCAGGCAUCCCAAUUUUGGGGAGUGAUACUCUUUCUCCUGUUAAGACAUUGUGCUCGGUUGAAUCCUGGGGUGACUUUCUUCAAAUAGCAGAAAACUAGGUCUAGACAGUGCUUAAGGCUGAGGAUUGCUACCGAAAUCUUCAUAUCAUAAGGUGGAUUUUUCUCCAUGAAUUUGCUUGAUUUAAACCACAGCAUAAUUAAUAGUACAGGUAAUUGAGCAGAGGAACAAAAGGAGUAGGGUCCUUAGGCACCACACUUUGCUGCUGCAGUUGACUUCUGCAGAAACAGAGAUCAUACAGACGCCACCUUGGCUUCACAUCGGUGUGUGUGAGAAACAGUGGUCAUUGAGAAUAAGGUAGGCUGAACCAAGUUUGUCAGUUCAAACAUACCCUUUGGGAUUUGAGUUUAAAAAAGACAAAAUCACAACUAUGGUGUACAGUAAUUUGAAGCAAAAUGGUUUUUCUCGCUUGUAAAUUCCACCUAAGAGAAUAGAUUUAAUCUAUUUCCUUCCUGGGAGCAACUGAAUCUGCUAUUAAUUAGAAUGCAACAUGAGAGAACUCAAAUGAAAUGGGCUUCCAUAAACUUACUGUUAAGAUUUGAUCCACACAUGUGCUGCUUGUAUCCUAGUGGUUCUAGGACAUCUCGCUAGGAUUAAGAUUACUGGGCAUGCAUAAUCCAAAGAGAGGCUCCGGGUCCUUUACAAUUGCAUGGCACGGAGAACUUCAGAUGCAUUUCUUUCCUGACCAAACACCUGAGAAAUGCUACAUUGGAUGAAUUUCCAAUUGCUAUGUAGUUCUGGGCCACAAUACCUUCACUGCUGCAGGUUGCGCAUUCAGUAUGGGAGAGGCUUAAAUACAAGAGUUAAGAUUGCCCUUGUCUUACUGCAUCCUAGGAUGUUCGAGUGAAAGCUUAAGUCUAUGCUUUUUCAUGCCUUUAGGCUUGUUGAUUUUGUUUUUAACUAGUGGAGCUCCUUGUGACAUAUUGUAUAGUUCCACCAGUUGAAAUAUGUGUAUCGUUUGGGAAGACAUGAAUCACACAGUCUGUCAGGAUGUUGAGCAAGCUUAAAUCCCAAUGCAUGCUGUGAUAAAGAUGUGCCUACCAUGUGAGAGACACGAAAGCACACUUCAGAGCCUGAUCGUUGCAGAAGACAGGCAAAAUACCUUUCCCCACAAACAAACAAAAAAACCCUGUUCUUCCUGCAUCCCAGUAACGUAUUGAUUCAGACUAUUUUGUAUUGCUGUUAAAAUAGCAAAAUAAAAAUAAAAUCUGGCACUGGACCUAAACUAUUAGCCAGACAAGAAAAAACAAACAAACAAACAAAGCCUGUCAUAUCACUUUUAUUUUUCCUUAAACACCAUUCUCACACUAUAACGGAUACCACUUUGCCAAACUGCACUGCUCAACAUUGGAGCUGGCCACCUUUUGAAAAUCAUACAUUAAUUAUAGCUUGUAAAAGAAGGUAUGGUGAAGAAGAGGUAGUUUUAUUUCUAUUGCACUUUCUGUCCCCACACAGGAAUGAACCUGUUCCACAAAUGUCCCCAGAAUAGCGUUUAGUAUCUGCACAAGAGAGAGAUAUGCCAACCCAGUCAUUGCCGAUGCCGCUGAUCCUACUUGCCUGAUUAUAUUUCCCAUGAAUCUUAAUCCCUUGAAGGUAUCACAGAAAUGUUCCCUGAACACACAUCACGGAGAGGUCAGGAGGGGAUCUGGAAGGGUUAGAACCACAGUGAGUAAAUUUACCACAAAGGAAGUAGAACACAUUACUCCGUUUGAGCACUAACCACUGAAGGUGUUGUCUGGUGUGGGUGUGCACAUGCGUGCACGCACUUGUGCGCGUGCAUGCAUGUAUGUAUGUUAACAGUAUUCUCUUAAUGUAUGAAUAAACUUCAUCAGGACUUUAUUUAAUACAAAUAAAUAUUACUUUUCAAAAAAGGACAAUAAUACUGUAUAUAAUGUAUACACAAACAUUUCUGUAGAAGAUAUUAUUCCAACAUAGCAGGAAACAAAACAAAAAAAAUCAAAAGUAUUGGACUCUUGGCGGUGAGUGUGUGUGUCUGUAACUCUUUGUGACUACUGACUGUGUGCUGUUUCUUAGGUUUAAAUCACGCAGUACAUUCUUUGUCUAAAAUGCAACUGUAGUUUCUCCCACAAGUUUUCUUUUCUUUUCUAAUUUCCUGCAGAAAAUAAGACCCAUAAAAUGACUAUAGCUAUUCAAUGUUUCUGGGUUUUUUUAAAUAUCCUGCAGCAAAAAUGUCCUGUAAAAAAUUAUGAUGAGGCUAUGCCCCAAUGGCAUUUUCCAACAACGACAGUGCACAAAUGCUUCAACCCAGACUGGACCAGUAAGAAUUAUUUUUUAAGAAGCAACAGAGAGGAAGAGUGAGAGAACUUGGAGAAUUUCUUGUAUACCCCUUAUACUGCAUGAAAAUAAAUUUUUAAUAAAUUGUUGCAAAAAAAAUCUGUUUUAUUAAUAAAAUAGAGAAAACAUAA